AUGAAGUCCCUGAUCUUCGUUCUGCUCAUCGGAGCCGCCUUUGCCACCGAGGACGACAAGAUCGUCGGAGGGUAUGAGUGCACUCCUCACUCCCAGCCCCAUCAGGUGUCUCUGAACUCUGGCUACCACUUCUGUGGUGGCUCCCUGGUCAACGAGAACUGGGUUGUGUCUGCUGCUCACUGCUCCAAGUCUCGCAUUGAGGUGCGUUUGGGAGAGCACCACAUCAGGAACACCGAGGGCACCGAGCAGUUCAUCAGAGCUUCCCUUGUCAUCGAGCACCCCGACUUCAGCCGCUACACCCUUCAGAAUGACGUCAUGCUCCUCAAACUGAGCACGCCUGCCACCCUCAACAGUUACGUGUGGCCUGUGGCUCUGCCCACCAGCUGUGCUCCCGCUGGCACCAUGUGCAAAGUCUCCGGCUGGGGCAACACCAUGAGCUCCACCGCUGACAGCAACAGGCUGCAGUGUCUGGACAUCCCCAUCCUGUCUGAUGAGGAUUGUGAACGCUCCUACCCCGGCAUGAUUGACUACACCAUGUUCUGUGCCGGAUACCUGGAGGGCGGCAAGGACUCCUGCCAGGGUGACUCUGGUGGCCCCGUCGUGUGCAACGGUGAGCUGCAGGGUGUUGUGUCCUGGGGCUACGGAUGUGCUGAGAAGGACCACCCUGGUGUCUACUCCAAGGUGUGUGUGCAGACUGACUGGCUGCUUGAGACAAUGGCCAGCUAUUAA